CGCAAAACGAGGGUCACCAGCUUCUCUCUUCUCUCUUUCUUCGUUUUAAAGUCUCUUCCUUUCUUCGCGUUUCUUCACCUCACCAACUUUCCUCUUCCCUCUCAACUCUGCGAUAACACAACACACUGGUAAUUAUGGGAACCUGCUUGCAAGGGGUUGUGUUGUCUCUGUUUCUCUCGAGCUUGUUGUUGUCGACUCUGGUGUCGUCUGCACCGAAUGACGGGUUGGUUAGGAUUGGACUGAAGAAGGUGAAACCGGAUGCGAAUCAGCGGCUUGCUGCAGGUUACAAGAAUGGAGAGGGUUCGAUUAGAAAGUAUCGUUUCGGUUCUAAUGUGGGUGACGCUGAGGGGGAGGAUAUUGAUAUUGUCAAAUUGAAGAACUACUUGGAUGCUCAGUACUAUGGGGAAAUUGCUAUUGGCACUCCUCCUCAGCCGUUCACUGUGAUUUUUGACACUGGCAGCUCUAAUCUGUGGGUUCCUUCCAACAAGUGUUAUUUUUCGGUUGCGUGCUACUUCCAUGCCAAGUACAAGUCGAGCGAUUCGAGUACAUACAAGAAGAAUGGGAAAUCUGCUGCCAUUCAGUAUGGUACUGGAUCUAUUUCAGGGUUCUUUAGCAAUGACAAUGUUAAAGUUGGGGACCUCGUCGUGAAGGAUCAGGAAUUUAUUGAAGCAACUAGUGAGCCUGGCUUAACAUUCCUGGCUGCUAAGUUUGAUGGGUUAUUAGGCCUUGGAUUUCAAGAGAUUUCGGUUGGAAAUGCUGUCCCAGUGUGGUACAACAUGAUUAAGCAAGGGCUUAUCAAGGAACCAGUGUUUUCUUUCUGGAUGAACCGCAAAGUGGCAGCACAAGAAGGUGGUGAACUUGUGUUUGGAGGAGUUGAUCCCAAUCACUUCAAGGGAAAGCACACUUAUGUUCCUGUAACAAAGAAAGGCUAUUGGCAGUUCGACAUGGGUGAUGUUCUUAUUGGUGAUAAACCAACUGGAUAUUGUGCUGGUGGUUGUAAUGCAAUCGCAGAUUCUGGAACUUCUCUUUUGGCUGGUCCAACGACAGUGGUUGCCAUGAUAAAUAAAGCCAUUGGAGCCAAUGGGGUUGUUAGCCAGGAAUGCAAGGCAGUUGUUCAACAGUAUGGUCAAACCAUUCUGGAACUCCUCUUGGCUGAGGCCCAACCAAGGAAGAUCUGCUCCCAAAUUGGAGUGUGCACCUUUGAUGGGACUCGUAGUGUUAGUAUGGGCAUUGAGAGUGUGGUGGAUAAGAACCGUAAAAAAUCUUCUGGAGUUCUUCAUGAUGCUUCAUGCUCUGCUUGUGAGAUGGCAGUUGUCUGGAUGCAAAACCAGCUUCAGCAGAAUCAGACCCAGGAAUUUAUUUUGAACUAUGUCAAUGAGCUUUGUGAUCGAAUGCCAAGCCCCAAUGGACAAUCGGCUGUUGACUGCCAACGUCUUUCUACCAUGCCUACCAUUUCCUUCACCAUUGGUGGUAAAGUUUUUCCGCUCCGUGCAGAGGAGUAUGUACUCAAAGUGGGCGAGGGUGCUCAGGCCCAGUGCAUAAGUGGUUUCAUUGGUAUGGACGUUCCUCCUCCCAGGGGACCUCUCUGGAUCCUAGGAGACGUCUUCAUGGGUCGCUACCACACUGUCUUUGAUUAUGGUAAAAAGAGAGUUGGAUUUGCUGAGGCUGCAUAAAGAGAUAUUCCUUGGGGACCCUUUUAUAGCUGAUGUUCGUGUUCAUGUUUAAUUACUUGCUAUGUGCAUGCAAUUGUACCUCUAAUGGAAUCAGUGGAUAAGGAAAUGAAGGUUGUGGUGGUGCAUGUUGUCCUUUGCUGUAAAUGAAAUGUUAGCAACCUUUUAUCUAAUGUUGUGCUUCAGAGUAUUCUCUUUGCUUGUUUUUGUUUUCUGAGACUAGGUGCCGAAUUUCGAUUCCUUUAAA